UUAGUUCGUGCCUUUGACGGCUAACCAUCAAUUGGCUCCGUGUUCAAAACACGGUCGGUCCUCGCACAUUAUUAAAAAAAAUCGCGUUCGAUGUUCCAAUAAAUUGCCAAGUGACCGGUCACGUGAUUAUAUCUGCGAAGAACACCACGGCUGUCCAACAGAUCAUAACAGAUUCACGAUAAAGCAACCUGGACCGCUCGAUGAUCAGUACGCGUUCGAUCUUAUUUCUACAAUCGUGAUCUAGCGUUUUCGCGCGAUCGCUCCUUCAACUCCGUAGUUUCACGCAAAUUCGUACGAUUCUCCCGUCCUGAGACUUGUGAUUAUGAUAUCUCUUCAAUCUCACAAUCAGGUCUUGUACCAUCUGGCGCAGCUAGCAUUAACAGCGACUCCUAGGACGACUUCGUAUUCAGUCCAAGCUAAGAAACAGGAUGAAUCCUUACAAAAAAACGCGGAGGAGACAGUAAUUUGUUCUGAUAGUUUUCAAGAGGCGAUGAGGAAUUGUACCGAGCUACCAGAGAUAAGUUUAAACACAUCAAAUGUGUUAAAAAUGAAGGACAAUAAGAUGUGCUUAAUACUGGAUAGCGUAGCUGUCAGUGUAUUUAGAAGACCAUUGGAAGAGAAUAAUAAAUGGAGAGUGUCUUACUUAUCUGGUCUAAGUUUUGCCGAGAAUAAGCGAGACUUUCCAUGCUCCAUGUUCACAGAGCCUAUUAUUCUACCUGUCGUCCAUCUAGCGACAAAACAGCAACACAGACUGCUGCACACGUGGUAUGGCAAGAAAUUACACAAUCAUAUGCCGAUUCGUACAUUCAAAUCUCAACGUACUGUAAAAAUGGAAUUGGAACAAAAUCCACCAUUCAUGAGCAGAAUAAAGAAAUGGUUCGGACUGUCUUCUAAUAUACAAAUGGGUUUAGUACCCGAACUGAAGGGUUCGGAUUAUGAGAAACUGAAACACAUUUUCAACAAUACUGAAGCAACAGCGGACGAACAGAAGAGAAUAAAAAUUGCUUUUGUAGAAGGAUAUGAAUCUGGAUUACAACGCCAAAUGCGAGGCCGAACAAAUGCGUGGCUGAAAAUCAUGCUGAAUAUACUAACUGUCUCUACUGUUAUUCUUGUAAUUUGGCUUUAUCUCAGUUAUCCAGGAGGAGGAAUAUUUAAACUUCCUAUGAGUCAUAGAAUUGAAAUUGAUCCUGAGGACAUCCAUGUCACGUUUAGUGAUGUUAAAGGGGUAGAUGAGGCAAAGCAAGAGCUUUUGAAUGUAGUGGAAUUUUUAAAGAACCCUGAUAAAUUUUCCGCCCUUGGUGGAAAAUUGCCGAAGGGAGUAUUGUUGGUUGGUCCGCCAGGAACAGGAAAGACAUUGUUAGCGCGUGCAGUCGCUGGAGAAGCCGGUGUACCAUUCUUCCAUGUGGCAGGCCCUGAAUUUGAUGAGAUUCUCGUUGGUCAGGGUGCCCGGCGUGUUAGAGAUUUGUUUAGAGCGGCGAAAGAAAAGGCACCAUGUGUAGUAUUCAUUGAUGAGAUCGAUUCCGUGGGUGCAAAAAGGACGAACUCAAUUCUCCAUCCUUACGCAAAUCAGACAAUUAAUCAAUUACUUUCUGAAAUGGAUGGCUUUCGUCAGAAUGAAGGUGUCAUAGUUCUUGGUGCUACGAAUAGACGUAAGGAUCUUGACAAAGCGCUAAUGCGUCCUGGUCGUUUCGAUGUUGAGAUUUACGUUAACAAGCCUGAUUAUCUUGGCCGUAAGGAAAUAUUAGAUCUCUACUUAGCUAGAAUAUUGACACAGGAAGUCGAUACGGAUUAUUUAGCACGUUGUACUACGGGAUUCACUGGAGCCGAUCUUGAAAACAUGGUAAAUCAAGCUGCAUUGCGCGCAGCGAUUGAUGAAGCAGAUUGCGUCACUAUGAAGCAUUUAGAGCAUGCUAGAGAUAAAGUAUUAAUGGGUCCAGAAGGUAAACUAAAAUUGCGCGAUGAAGAAGUCAAUCGUAUUACAGCGUAUCAUGAAGCAGGGCAUGCUCUAGUAGCAUUUUACACAAAAGAUGCUACGCCGCUUCAUAAGGUUACUAUUGUGCCACGAGGUCCAUCGUUAGGCCAUACUUCCUAUAUGCAUGAGAAAGAUGUUUAUCAUAUUACAAAAUCACAACUGUUAGCCAAUAUGGAUUCCAUGAUGGGUGGUAGAGCUGCAGAAGAAUUAAUAUUUGGUCCGGAAAAAGUGACUACAGGAGCUUCUUCCGAUUUAGUGGAGGCGACGAAGAUAGCCGAAACGAUGGUGAAGAUUUAUGGAAUGUCGGAGAAGGUGGGAUUCAGGUCAAUAGUAGAAAAUAAGAAGCUUUUCGGUAAUAACAACACGUAUGCGCCAAGUACGAACGAGAUCAUCGACAAUGAAGUAAAGCGGCUUUUACAGGAAUCAUUUGAACGUGCAAAAGCAAUUUUGAAAACGCACGCGAAAGAACACAAACAACUAGCAGAAGCCUUAUUACAGUAUGAGACAUUGGAUGCAGAUGAUGUACCUGCCAUAGCAAAUGAAACGGGACUUAGCAAACGAGAAUCGUCUGCAGAUUCAAAGAGGUCGUCGAAAUGAUCUUAAUUACGAAAUACGUAAUUAUUUGAGAUCAUUUAUCAAAGUUUCUUUCUGGUCUACAUUCGUUUAAUAAAAAUUUGAACACUUUUUUCUU